UUCAUAUGUAAAAGACGGGAAAAAGUGUGAAGUAAACAUUGCAUUACCUUAGCGCGGGAAGAACAAUAUAAAUUCUAACAAUGGAUUUCAGAAAUAUUAAAAGAAUCAAACGAAAAGCAAAUGGGAACACUGCAUUAGAUUCUUAUUGCAGCAGGCUACAAUUGUAUAAGGUCCCACCCACUGACACAAUAUCUUUGUACGAGUUUGAAGAAUAUGCUAUUGAAAGACUGAAAGUUCUGAAGGCCAUUGAAACUGCUAGUGAGAAGUAUGUGAAGACAUCAGACGAAUAUGACACCUUUAUGUGGGGACAGCUAAGAACAACACAGUUUGCCAAACUCACUAAGAGCCACAAGUCUCAGACUGAGGAUGAAGAAGAUAACUUUGCCAGGCUGGAUCACAUCUCACACUUUAUUCUCAGACUUGCGUACUGUCGAUCUGAAGAGUUACGGAGAUGGUUUAUGACACAGGAGUUGGAUUUAUUCCGGUUCCGCUUUAAGACGACAUCUGAUCAGGAGAAGAGGCAGUUUUUAGAACAAAAUGAUCUCCAUUAUGAAUCACUCACGCCCGAUGAGCGUAGUUCCAUUUGUGAGAAGCUGGCUGCUGCCUCCAACACAACAUCAGCAGUGGUGGAGACAGUAGAAUUCUUCAAGGUUCAUUUCACAGAGGCCCUAGACUUGGUUCAGCGCAGGAAGGUGUAUGUUUCGAGGGGCCAGGCGUAUGUGCAGUAUGACGACAUGAUCUCCCUGCUCACUGGCGUCUACCGCUCACACCUCUCUCAAGCACUAGCAAAAACUGCACGUGCGUUGCCCCACCUGGAGGAGGAUGAGCGUCUGCUGCCAAUGUUGUCGGGACUGAGCAAGCGCUACCUGGGGGCAGACUACAGCAUCAAGAAGAACAACGUAGGGCAGAUCACUGCAGACAUGAUUGAUAUGUUAUCCAAGAAAGCGUUCCCCCUGUGCAUGCAGUCGCUGCAUGUAUCCCUGCGUCAGAGCCACCACUUGAAGCACGGGGGCCGACAGCAGUACGGACUCUUCCUGAAAGGCAUCGGCCUCUCACUUGAGGAGGCCAUGAAAUUCUGGAGGAUCGAGUUCUGUAAACUUAUUGAUGUGGACAAGUUUGACAAGCAGUACUCAUACAAUAUCCGUCACAACUAUGGCAAGGAGGGCAAGCGGGCUGACUACACCCCGUACAGCUGUAUGAAGAUCAUCAUGUCCAACGCCCCAGGGCCUGGGGACUCACAUGGUUGCCCAUUCAAGCAUAUAGACCAGGACCUUCUGAAGCAGCGGCUCAAGACGAUGAACAUUGGGGACCAGUAUCUGGAUAAGAUCGUGUCUGAGGUGAAGACUGGUCGGUACAACGUGGCAUGCACGCGCUACUUUGAGGCCACACACAAGCUGCCACUGGAGUACCAGGCACAGGCUAUCAGUCAUCCCAACCAAUACUUCGAGGAGAGUCAAAGAGCAAGCAACGGGGAAAGUAAAGUCCCUGUGAUAGGGACCCCAAGGCGUGUAGGCUCCCAGGGGGCCUCCCAGGCCACACAAGGGGCCAAGGGGCCAGACGGGAACACCACCCGGGCACCUGCCAGGGAUGAGAUGGACGAUGACUUUGAUAUCACAGACGCAGAACUCUCCAUGCAGGCUUAACAUGCCAAGUGCUAGAACAUAAGACUGUAAAUCAAAGUUCAAAUGUGUUUUGAGUCUUUACCGUCUUAAAGAUUUAGCCAAACAGUGAUAGUGAUUAUAGUGCUGCAAGAUAACAUAUAAUUCAAAAUGUGAAGUUUGGAGUUUUUACACUUUACCACUCAGAUACACAUUUAGACUGGUUUGUUGUCUCUUCCACUCAUAUACACAUUUUGACUGGUUUGUUGUCCCUUCCACUCAGAUGCACAUUUUGACCCAUUUGUUGUCCCUUCCACUCAGAUGCACAUUUUGACUGGUUUGUUGUCCCUUCCACUCAGAUACACAUUUUGACCCAUUUGUUGUCCCUUCCACUCAGAUGCACAUUUUGACUGGUUUGUUGUCCCUUCCACUCAGAUACACAUUUUGACCCAUUUGUUGUCCCUUCCACUCAGAUACACAUUUUACCCAUUUGUUGUCCCUUUAAAAAUCAAAGUAAAUUAAAGAUCUUUCUAAAUAGAUUGAUGUUUAAAUGGGUUCUUUUCAAACCCUAAGAUAAUUAUGAGCAGCAAACAUGCAGGCUCAACAUGCCAACUCUAAAUAAGUGCUGGAACAUAAGAGAUGAAAAAUGUAAUGUUUUUUAGCCUUAACCCUCUACCAGUCAGACAAUUGAACAUUUUGACCAGUGUUUAGUCCCUUAGAAAAUCACUUAUAUUAAAGACCUUUCUUAAUAAAUUCCAGUUUUAAAGGCUUCAUUUCCACUCAAAGGGAGACUCAAGAGCAGCAAACAAGAUAAAACCUGGACAGACUACUAGUUACCCGCAGGCUGUUCUGGUUUAAUGCUGGUUGCAUAUAGCCAUUUUUAUUUUGCUUCUGAGUGGGAAAGGUUUAACAUGCCAACAGUUAUAGUGCUGGAACAUUAGCAUAUAUAUCAAAAUACAAAUGUGUUAUUUUCAGUUUCCUUUUUUUUCAAAAUUUAAUAAAAUGAGCAAAUAUUAUCAUUCGUUCAAUAAAACUUAUGUGUUUACAGAUUAAAGAUUUGUUUUCUUGCUAUAGAUCAAUAUUAAUAUAUGAAUAAAGUGUUAUUCAAAAUAAGUAAAUUUCAGGUGUUUAAUAUCUAGAUGUUUCUACAUCAUAAUGUACAUUUUCAGUGCCGAUUUGUUAUCUUAUUAUCAUACAAAAAUACUUUGAUUAUGCCUUAUUUUGAAAAAACAAGCUUGUUUAUGGAUUCCACCAUAUUGCAUGUGUUCAUUGUAUGAUAAUGUAUGUAAUAAUUUAUAUUUAUUUUAAAAUAAAUACCAACAUAUUUUU